AAAUGGCUUUAGGAGGAACAGCUCCCCCAAGAGGCAGUGCAGCGGCUGCUGCAAGUAUGCGUAGGAGGAGGACAACCAGUGGUGGGGCCUCAGGAGGAGCAGCAGGGACUAUGCUUCAAUUUUACACUGAUGACGCACCAGGACUCAAGAUCUCCCCCAAUGUUGUACUGAUCAUGAGCAUCGGAUUCAUAGCUUUUGUCGCAAUCCUUCAUGUUGUGGGUAAACUCUACUUUGUUCGUAGAGAGGCUUAGAAAUAUACUGAUGGUAGGGAAUCAGUUUGGGAAAGUUGAAUUUUGGAUUUUGAGUCGGUUUGGAAAUUGUACUAAUGGAUAUCGUUUUUGAAUUACGUGGAUAUGAUUAAACAUUUACAGUUUUAUUAUUAUUAUUAUUAUUAUUAUUAUUAUGCUAA